AUGGUUAUCACCAGACUUUCUACCCUGAAACAAUGGGCCCCAUUCGAGAUUGACGCGCUCGGUCUCGUCACCAUGCUUGGGGCCGAAGAGAUGAAUCUAGUCAUCGGACAACUCACUCAGAACACCUAUACAGAGUGGCUGCCACUACUAGGGGCAUAUAUCAUCGCCAAUGAUCACAUCACGGAGCCGAUGCCUGGUUUCACCCUCUACAAUAUCACGGACGGAAUAGUCGCAACAGAUUUGGCCGGAUGGUUCACCCGGUGGCUGGUAUGUCAAGAUUUGACAGUUUGUUCCUCUACUAUUCGAAUUUUACCAGUUGAAGCGAAAGAAAGGAGCUUGAAAUGGUCUUACGCUCUGGCUGGCCUCAUUCCAGGGCUUAUCAUACUCGCCGGUCUUAUGGGCGACUGGUGGGGUGUGGUCAAUGGCGCAGCGAUGCUUAUUUCCGUGCUGGUCCGUCAGAUUGUCGUAGGCAGCAAUCGUCGCUCGCUGGAUGCUGCCGUGGAAGCUAUAAAGAGCAACGAUGAAGUUAAAGCCCUCAUCUCGCUGCCGAAUGGCCGACUAGUCACCAUCUACACCAGCAGAGGAAUUGUCAUGGAUUGCUUACUGACUACUCCCCGUCCUCUGAACCCCAAGUUCUAUAACGCAACGCGGACCGUCGGCUGGGCAGUUUUUGGUGCACAUGUCAUAUCACUGGGCAUGGCCAGCCUUUUCUGCCAGAUAUAUGCUGUUUUACUGUUGCUUGUACCAACUGUACUAGUAGCGAAGCUGGUGGGAAACCAGGAUACUGAGAUUGGCCGACGACUAUCGAUGAAGCGAACUGAUUCGCUCGUUCGAUUUCGGGCUGCUGCUUAUGCAAGGCUUGAAUUAACACAAGUUCAAGAGGACGCGAUGGUGGCAUGGCAUCUGUUCCCUUUGCGAAGUAACACAGACUGGUGGAGCAAGUAUGAGAAGAUCAGAGCUGAUGGUAAUUUUGAGAAUUGGGAUAAUGUCCUUGCUCAGUAG